AUGCUAUUAUUUUAGAAAGGCAUUGAGGCAUUGUGCUCCUCACUGUUUGCUUAAAAGGAAUUCUGAAGGGAUUUGCGUUCUCUUGUUUCAUGAGCCCCCACAUGUUGAUACUGCCCGAAGUGGAAGCACACCAGCUGGCGAUGUCCAUCACAGCCUCCAAGUCCGAGAAUUCCUGAUUAUACUUAGAACCCACAGAGUCAGUGGCAGAGAGGAACUUUGCAAUGAACCAUGCUUUCAAAUUAAGCAGCCGGGAAGGAAUAUGCCUGUCUUUGACUAAAGAAGACGGAUCCCUCUUCCCCCUUCCUUGGAUUAAUCAUGAGAGACUCGCUCAACAUUCCACUUGUACAUAUCUUUACUCUGGCGGCCUUCAGCUUGGCUGAAAGACUCCCAAAAGCUCCCAUGAUCAUCACCCCCCUUGAAACUGUGGAUGCUCUUGUUGAAGAGGAAGCCACUUUUGAGUGUGUAGUAGAGUCUUUUCCACAAGCAGAGAUUACUUGGACACGUAACAACAUUCCUAUCAGGCUUUUUGACACCCGAUACAGUAUACGGGAAAAUGGGCAGCUCUUAAAAAUCCUGAGUGUGGAGGACAGCGAUGAUGGGGUCUACUGCUGCACUGCAAAUAAUGGCGUAGGAGUCACUGCAGAGAAUUGUGGUGCUUUACAGGUGAAAAUGAAACCCAAAAUAACCCGUCCACCUUCAAAUGUGAAAAUAAUAGAAGGAUUAAAAGCUGUUUUCCCAUGCACUACAAUGGGGAAUCCCAAGCCUUCAGUGUCAUGGAUCAAAGGAGAAAAUGUUGUAAAGGAAAAUACACGGAUUGCUAUUCUUGAAUCAGGUAGCUUAAGGAUUCAUAACGUUCAAAGAGAAGAUGGUGGUCACUACAGAUGUGUUGCAAAAAACAGCCUUGGCACAGCCUACUCCAAACCUGUAAUUCUGGAAGUGGAAGUUUUUGCUCGAAUCCUGAAAGCUCCCGAAUCCUACAACAUUAGCUUUGGCUCAGUGGUGACGCUGCAAUGUGCAGCAACAGGCAUCCCAACUCCCACAGUGGCAUGGCUUGAAAAUGGAAAAGCUGUCUCAGCCGGGUCUAUUGUAGAAACAGUAAAGGAUAGAGUGAUUGAUUCUAGACUUCAGGUCUAUGUCACCCGGCCCGGUCUGUUCACUUGCAUAGCUACCAAUAAGCACAGCGAGACUUACGGCACUGCAAAAGCCGCAGCCACAAUCAAUGUGUCAGAAUGGAGCAGACUUUACAAAGGUGAUGCAGGCUACUGCAGUACGUACCGUGGUGAGGUGUGUAGAGCACUGUUGGCAAAGGAUGCAUUUGUUUUCUUUAACGCUUCCUACGGAGACCCGGAGGAAACACAAGAACUGCUUGUCCGCACAGCACUGACUGAGCUCAAAACUGUGAGUCCUUUAUGCCGUCCUGCUGCUGAGUCACUGCUCUGUCACUACAUCUUCCAGGAAUGCAACCCCUCCAGGACUGGACCUGCUCCCAAACCUGUUUGCAGAGAGCAUUGCCUUGCUGUAAAGGAUCUCUACUGCUUUAAGGAAUGGCUUUCGAUGGAAGAAAAUGCCCGAAGAGGCAUCUACAAACCGGGGCUGAUGUUGCUUACUCUGCCAGAGUGCAAUAGGCUUCCCAGCUUACAUCAGGAUCCUAAGGCCUGCACAUGGAUUCCACAUCUAGAUCUUAAAAAAGAAGAUGUAACAACAACUUGUUACAAAGGCAAUGGGUUAACCUAUGAAGGUUCUGUCAAUGUCACAGCCUCCGGCAUUCCUUGUCAGAAGUGGAGCGAACAGGUGCCUCAUUCACACAGGAAAACCCCGCAGGCUUUCCCAGAGCUCUCAAAUGCAGCAAACCACUGCCGUAAUCCAGGAGGUGUAAAUGAACAACCAUGGUGUUAUACAAAGGAUGCAUCUGUAAAAUGGGAGUACUGCAAUGUGCCUCAUUGUGGAGAUGAACCUUUGUCAGAAGCAACAACAAAACCAAAUGAACUUGUGCCAUAUUACCCUUCCUCUUUCUCCCCAACUUACUCCAUGACGGUCAUCAUCUCCAUCAUUUGUAGCUUUGCAAUGCUGAUUAUACUUGCUAUUACUGUUCUGAUUUGUUGCCGAAGGCGCAAGCAGUGGAAGAACAAAACAAGGGAAUCAGUCCCACCAGCCUUGACCACACUUCCAUCUGAGCUCCUAUUGGACAGGUUGCAUCCAAAUCCCAUGUAUCAGCGCAUGCCUUUACUUUUGAAUCCAAAACUAUUCAGCCUGGAAUAUCCACGAAACAACAUUGAAUAUGUGAGAGAUAUUGGAGAAGGGGCUUUUGGACGGGUUUUCCAAGCAAGGGCACCUGGACUACUUCCUUAUGAACCGUUCACAAUGGUGGCAGUGAAGAUGCUCAAAGAAGAGGCCUCAGCAGACAUGCAGGCCGACUUCCAGAGAGAAGCAGCUCUCAUGGCAGAAUUUGAUAAUCCUAACAUUGUCAAGCUUUUAGGAGUGUGUGCUGUUGGAAAGCCCAUGUGCCUGCUGUUUGAAUACAUGGCGUUUGGAGACCUUAAUGAAUACUUGCGCAACCGAUCACCAUGCAAUCUCUGUAGCCUAAAUGACAAUAACUUUGAAAUAGGGAUCCGACCCUCCAGCCCUAACAUGCUUACCCUGUCUUGCACCAACCAGCUCUAUAUUGCCAAACAGGUGGCGGCUGGAAUGGCCUACCUCUCCGAGCGCAAGUUUGUUCAUCGGGACUUGGCCACCAGGAACUGUUUGGUGGGAGAAGACAUGGUGGUGAAAAUUGCGGAUUUUGGUCUCUCUAGAAACAUGUAUUCAGCAGACUAUUACAAAGCAAAUGAGAACGAUGCCAUUCCUAUCCGAUGGAUGCCUCCUGAGUCUAUCUUCUACAAUCGCUACACAACUGAAUCGGAUGUUUGGGCCUAUGGCGUAGUCCUGUGGGAGAUCUUUGCAUUUGGCUUGCAGCCAUAUUAUGGGAUGGCUCAUGAGGAAGUCAUCUAUUAUGUGAGGGAUGGAAACAUCCUGUCCUGCCCAGACAACUGCCCUCUGGAGCUCUACAACCUCAUGCGCCUUUGUUGGAGCAAGCUACCUUCUGACAGGCCGGGUUUUGCAAGUAUCCAUCUUAUUCUGGAGCGCAUGUAUGAGAGGGCAGUGACUGCUGACCAUAAUGAGUCAAGGUAGUGACUCAAUUGGGGUGGAAGAGAAGACGUGGACCUGAGAAAUCACCCCUCUUUGGAAGUGUAACACAUGCAAGACUUCCAAUAGAGAAAUUGAACCAAGUGACCCCUUUUGUUUGCCUGAAGACUACAAGACCAGAUAAGGUCACUGCUGCAUUUAAAAAUAUGAUAAACGACAACUCCCACCACUCCCAUACUUAAUUCUCAAAUUAUCACAUUUUAAUUUAAAAUCUUCCCAGAUUUCUGUUCUUAUAAAGUCAUUCAAAAUGGAUAACAAAAAAACUGUACUGAAAAUAGAUUAGGAUAGUUCGUGGCAGAACCUCAAAUGGAACAUUAAUUGAAACAGCAAACAACAAAACGUAGGUGCUUCAAAAGUCCAGGAUGCUUAUUGAACUGCCAGUCUAGAACAGGAAGGUUUUCACUGUUGAUUUGGAACUUGUGUCUCUAUGUCAUUGUCUUAUUCAAACGUGAGUGAGAGCAGUGGGGCAUCUAUUCCUAUGAAGUCUUCUCUAGCAGGAAGUAGCUCUCCACUGUCUUUGGGUGGAGUAUUUUCCUGCCGCUCUUUUUAAUCAUUUAAAUAGAAUGGGAGGUGGUAGUGAUGAAAAUGGGAAAUGUCUACAUUCAGAGUACCCAUGAUCAUUGAUCCCAGAACAAAAGUAGAAGGGAUUAUUCUAGUGAAAGUGGUUCAAAGAAUGCAGCUCUUUCUGAUAGGCUGGAAAGGAAAUGGAACAGACCAUUUGUGUUAGCAAUACCGAAAUAUGCCAGAUUAAUUUUUAAUUGGGAAACAAUGCUACCAGUUUUCAGAAUUACAAGGAAAGUUUCUGCCUAUUUAAUUCAUAAAUUGCUGUCCUACCACUACAAUUUGUUGAUUUUUUGUUUGUUUGUAGAAUUUUGAUAAUCAGCUUAUUCAGACAAACAUCUUCAUGCUGUGUUGUCGAAGGCUUUCAUGGCCGGAAUCACUGGGUUGCUAUGAGUUUUCUGGGCUAUAUGGCUAUGUUCCAGAAGCAUUAUCUCCUGACAUUUCACCGGCAUCAUUGGCAGGCAUACUCAGUGGUUGUGAGGUAUACUGGAAACUAAGCAAGGGAGGUUAUAUCUGUGGAAGGUCCAGGGUGUGGGAAAGAACUCUUGUCUGUUGGAGGCAAGUGUGAAUGUUGUAAUUAAUCACCUUGAUUAGCAUUUAAUGGCCUUGCAGCUUAAGGCCUGGCUAACAGACAAGAGUUAUUUCUCCCACCCUGGACCUUCCACAAAUAUAUAAACCGCCCUUGUUUAGUUUGCAAUAUGCCUCACAACCUCUGAGGAUGCCUGCCAUAGAUGUGGCUGAAACAUCAAGAUAGAAUGCUUCUGGAACAUGGUCAUACAGCCUGGAAAACACACAACAACCUGUCACUCUCCUGUUCAGUCAUGAUUUUGACAAAGUGGGAAUCCAAUGAACCUAAGCUGUAUGUUUACACAUUUUGCAAUUAAUGAUGCUUGUAGGGGCUAAAGGAUAAUUGUUGUUAAUGGCCUUCAAGUCAACUUCAAUUUAUUUAUUUUUAUCGUGUCAAAAGCAACUUGAGAACAUAUUGCAAGUUGCUUCUGUGUGAGAGAAUUGUUCAUCUACAGAGAUGUUACCCAGGGACACCUGAAUGUGUUACCAUCCUGCUGGGAGGCUUCUCACAUGACCCCGCAAGCUAGAGCUGACGGACAGGAGCUCACUCCAUCUCGCAUAUUUGAACCACCAACCUUUAGGUUAGCAACCCAACCUUUAGGUCAGCAGUUCAGCUGGCACAAGGGUUUAGUCCAUUGCACCACCACAGCUCCCUACUUCAAUUUAUUGCACCCUAUGAAUGAAAACCCUCAAAGUCACACUAUGCUUAGCCCAGCUCAGGUCUUGCAGACUCUGGAACGUUGCUUCCAUGUCUGAACUUAUCCGUCUGGAAUGUGGGUUUCCUCUUUUCCAACGGCCUUCCACUUUACUGAACAUUAUCCUCUUUUCUAGUGAUAAUCGGAACUAUCAUAUUCCUGCACAAUAGUUUCACCCAGUUUUCUGUUUAGAAUUUUUGGGGUGGAUGAAGAACCGCCAUGGGGACUCGGCUACAGGUAUCUAAAAAUUGGAUUCCACUUAAGAUUUCCAUAAAAUGAGUCAAGCAAUCAAUAAGCCUCAUGCACCACAAAGUUUAAAAAAUGCACUUUUCUUGUUAAAGUCUUUUUCAUAUAAAAUACAUUACUUUCUCUGUUAUUAGUUCUAAUGCGGAAGUAUUAGUACAACUGAGAGGAAAGCAUGGUUUUUUAAAAAAUCCAGCAUUCCAGCAUUUGUUUUAUUAGUGCAAAUCAGAGUGAAAUUACAUUGUUUUUGGAUAGCACCCAUUUCCAAAACAAAUUUGAAUAAUGAAGCUGUUAUUGCAAGGGGAAGACAAAGCCUUGUUUUACACAAUGCUGUGGCAAAUCGCAUUACUAUAUGAACUGUUCAAGAUAUGUAAUGCUACUUAAAUGUUGUCAUCAUCUAGCAUGUGUUCUAGCUUGGUGUACUAAGAUUGUAUUUUUGCUCUCUCUCUCUCUGGUGAUAUCUUAUGAUCAGACUUUUAAGAACUCAGAAGAGGAUAUUUCACUUCUGAAUGAGUGUAUUUCACUUCCCUAAUACAGUAGUCAUGCUUUUUUAAAAAAAAAAAUUCAAGUUUGUUAUGGCAAAUCUAAGGAAAAACUGAAUUGGACUGAAUUUUUCACCUAACCCACAGUUAGUUCCUUUUCUUUAACAUUAAGGGGCUUUGGAAGAAGGAUUUCCAAAGAAGGAUGCAAUGCUUACAAUAGUUUUGUCUGAAACCAUAAGAAGUUGUGAAUCAGGUAAUGAAUGGGCCCAUAUCUUUCCAUUCACUGUUUAUAAAAUACUCAAUUGUUUCAUAAAGUGAUAUAAAUAAACCUUAUUUUACAUUG